AUUCCAUUGGUCGUUGAGGUAAAUCUCCACCCACCCGGGGCAUGUGGCUAUGCAAAACCAGCAGGCCCACUGCUUCAGCUCUCUGUGACAACAGGGGACAACAAUUAACAGAUCUGUGAAACCACACUAAAAUAGUAGAAAUGGAACGAGGAAGAGGAGGGACUCUGAAGAUUCUGUUCCUGUUGACACUCUGUCAGCAAGACUUCACUGGUCAAUGCCAAGUUUCAGGGCAGCCCUCUAACCUGAGGAUAGUUCUGGUGGGGAAAACUGGAUCAGGGAAGAGUGCAACAGGAAACACCAUCCUGGGGAGAGAGAUGUUUAAAGUGGAGGCUUCUCCAGUGUCUGUGACUGCUCAGAGUGAGAAACAGAGUGGAGUGGUGGAUGGGAGGAAGAUUGAUGUCAUCGACACCCCGGGGCUCUAUGACACAACAAUGUCUAAAGAAGAGAUGAAAAGUGAAAUAGUCAGGUGUAUAGAAAUGUCAGUCCCAGGACCCCACGCCUUCCUGCUGGUGAUCAGACUGGGGAGGUUCACAGAGGAGGAGAGGAACACUGUGAAGUGGAUCCAGGAGAACUUUGGAGAAGAAGCCUCAAUGUACACCAUCAUUCUGUUCACACAUGAAGAUCAACUGGAGGGUAAAUCAGUGGAGGAGUUUCUGGCUGAGAGCAAAGAGUUACGGAAACUCAUCAAUAUCUGUGGGGGCAGAUAUCACUCCCUAAUCAAUGACAAGAGAAAACACAACACUCAGGUCCCAGAGCUGCUAGAGAAGAUAGAGGAGAUGGUGUCGAGGAAUGGAGGAAAACACUACACCAAUGAGAUGUACCAUGAGGCCCAGAUGAAGAUCGAAGAGGAGGAGGAGAGGAAGAAACAAGAAGAGGAGAAGAGAGAGAGAGAGAGGAGACAGGAAGAGGAAGAAAGAAGAAGAAGAGAAGAGAAAUUGAAUGAGUGCAAGUGGUCAGCAUUUGUCAGUACGGCUGCAUUGGGGUUGGGAGCCAUGUACAGCUCUCCAUUGUCAUUAGCAGCAGGAGCUGCAUUAGCCGCUGUUAAAGGUUAUGAAUGCAUGGACACCUAUUACAAAUCAGGUAGUUCCAACUCAGAAGACCAGAAGAAGAGAAAAAGAGAGACAGAGACAACGAGGAAGCGAGCAGAGGGUGAAAAGAAAAAGGAAGUUACUAAGAAAGUUGAAAAGACAGGAAUAUAUGUCAUCUGUAGGUGAUCCAGGAUCAUUGAGGGUAUCGAGAUAAAUUUAAGUAACUAUGGAAUAAGAUAGUGAGACAUUUAGUACUCCCCUGCACUGCUGAGACCUUGAUGGGUUGGAAGUAGCAGGAGGAGAGCAUAAGCAAGGAAGAGAAGAUAAAAGGGACACAGAAGAAUUAGAUAACAGUUAGUGAGUGGAGACCAGCAUAUUUAAAUGAUAAACAGGUGAGGACAGAAAUAAUACUGGGACAGACAGAAAAGACAUAAUAAGAAUAAAAGAUAGGAAGAGAAUUUAGUUUGGUUCGCUUAGCUUUAGGAUAUUAAUUCAUGGAGAGACUAUCGGCUCCAUAGGCAUGUAUUUUAGUUUUGAUUUUAAGUUAUGUUUGGUAAAUUUAGCUAGGAAAAGAUAUGAUAAUUUUGUUGAAAGUAGUUGUUAAAUCUUAAAGAAGAUAAGACACUUUACAGAGAAUGGUUACAGGGUAGCUAAGGAUGAAUGCCCAAGGGAGAAUUGGACAUGUGGAAAAUGAAAGGGGGCAAUCCUACAAGAGAAGGGCUGACAUAAGGAUCAUUUACUAACCUUACCAAAGAAACUGUUUAGAUAUUCUGCAAAAUUGACACAUGGCUUGAGCCAUGUAUAAAUAGGGGGAGUAUGGUAGAGCAGGCGAUAGAACAGGUUAGGAUAAUUACUUAAACAAGAACAUAUUACUUAAACAAAAACAUUUUUUGUAGAAUAUCCAUUCCAACAUUUGGAAAUGGACUUAUUGAA